AUGAAGCGAAGGUCAAGGACGACGGGCCAAAGCACCGUGGCAACGUUCGAUUUUGCCGCAAGGCGUGAAUUCGUGACUGGUGCUACUCACCGCAAAGAGCUGAGGAGGCGCGAUGCUCAGGCGCGGCUUCUCGAGAAGCGGAAGGAAGAACGACGUCUACUGCGGGCCGAGCGCCGCGAAAAGAUAAGGGAACAUAUUAACCACGUGAAUCGCAGUCAACAGCUUGCUGCAGCCGCCGCUAAUCCAAAUCUGAAGGCCGUCCGCCUGCUGCCGGCGGAAGCUCCUGAAGGUGCCUCAGUGUCUCCUUGGCAUAUUGCGUCGUGUGUUAGCCUGUCGCUAGGUGGUUUCCCACAGCCUCGGGAACCAGAAGCCGAAGCAUCCCCUGCUGCCAGCACAGAUAGCGGGCUGCCUUCUUCCCGACCCCCGCUACGCUCUUCUUUACAGGUAAAGGAAAGCAAAGCGGAGGUGAGUCCCUUGCCUUCGGGCGAAGCCGAAGUAAAAUCAUAUGGCAAGAAGCGGCACGUGGGAGCCCCCGGACGGUGUAGAGGUGGCAAGCACAAGCCACAGAAGAAGCGGCACAAAUCGCGCAAACCUCAAAAGAAGCGCAAUGGUCGCUAG